UUUGCUGCAGUCCGCAUUGCGCCGCUUCAUCCUCCCCCUGUUGAUUCACGUGUGAUAUUCUGGUCUCGAUGAUAUAUGUCAUGGACGAGGUAGAGAAAAUGGUGCUACCUGCUGAGGAAAAGGAAAAGAAAGAAGAGGAAAAACCAGAAGAAGAAGAGGAGGAAGAAGAAGAGGAUGAUGCUGGAGAUGAGGAGGAAGAAGAGAAAGACAGCGAUGACGAAGAACAGGAAGGUGGAGAUGGUGAGAAAAAGGAAGGAGACGCGAUGCCACCUGCCGCAGAGAAAAUCGAGAAGCCCAAAGAGAAAAAGCAGAGCGGGGGUCUGAACCUCAACAACGAGGUGGUGAAGAUGAGGAAGGAGGUGAAGAGGGUGAGGGCUUUGAUCAUCAGGAAGCUCACGCGACAGAUGGGUGCCCUCAAGAAGAAGAAGGGGAAAGAGACGGAAAUUGAGAGGAAUCAGAGGAGAGCUGACAGACUGUUGGAGGAGAUCCACGCCAUGAAGGUCCUCUCACCUGACCUGGUAACCAAGACAGCCUUGCAGAAGAAGCUCAACUUUGAACAGGAGUGCAAAAACCCCAAAUCUACUAUUUCUGACCGGGCCAUAGCACGUAUCGCCACCCACCCGCAGUUCAACAAGAAGAUUGAGGACAUCAAAGCUGCCGUGAAAGCCUUUAAAGAUGAGCGGAUGAAGGGUGUGAAGCAGGGAGAGAAGGACAAGGUAAAAAAUAAAGCUGGAAAUGUGACUCCACAGUCACCAGACAAAAAUAGGGAAAGAAUAAGUGAGAAGAAAGAGGACAUUCCAGAGGAGCCAAAGGAAAUCGUAGAUGAUGAGGAAGGGGAUGGUAUCCUUAAAGACACUACAGAUGCAGCUGUUGCUGAACCUGAAAAGGAAACAGAGAACACAACUCAUUCAGCCGAUACAGCCGAUAGUCAAACAAAAGAAAAGCAUGAAAAUGUAACAGCAGCGUCAGUAAAAAGUAGCGAAGAAAAGGACAUUGUGAAAAAUAAACCCUUGAGUAAAGACGCAGAAAAGAUUCCUGAUCUUAAGCCUGCACCUGAAGUGUUUCACAAAAAGAAAGACAAGGAGGAGAGUGAUUUAGAGUCAUCGGAUGAUGAAGAGAAAGAGUACUUCGAUGACAGCACAGAGGAACGCUUUCGCAAGCAGUCCUCGCAGUCUGAGGAGAGCGACGACGACGACUUCUUCGUUGGAAAAGUGAGCAAAUUCAAGAAGAAGAAGAAGCAGAAAAGUGUAGAAGGGGAGAAGGGACAUGAAAAGAAAGAGGGGCCAACAGACCAGGUCCAGAGUCAACUCGACGAGCUGGAGUCCAGGCUGAAGUCUAAAGCGCUUCAGUCUGUAUUUUGUUCUUCGCUCUCUGCGUCCAAACCUGGUGGGGGCAGAGGUGCAGGCAGAGGAAGAGGUGGGGAUAAAUUUAGGGGCCAGGGGAAACCAAGAGGUGGUGGUGGUGGUGGUGGUUUAAAUAGAGAUUUCAGUAAACAAUCCAAGUUCCAAAGGGAUGACCGAGAAACCGAAAGAAAUUCAGGGUCCAAGUUCAGCAAGUCAAAGUCGUCAGAGACGGGUUUUCCCUCCGUCGGUAGAGGGAGGGGGCGAGGCAGAGGUAAUGAUAUUAGGCAAAAGGAUCGCAGGGGUGGAGGUGUCUUUUCCCAUCAGGCACCACAGCAGGCACUGCAUCCAUCCUGGGAGGCCAGUAAGAAAAGGAAGGAGCAGCAAGGACAAAUCCUGGCCUUUCAGGGGAAGAAGAUUAAGUUUGACGAUGAUGACUGAACUUUAUUUUCUUUGUCUGCUUAUUAAUGUUGAAUACAAACCUUUUGGUUGAUUGUCUUACAUGCCGUAUUUAGGUGAUUCUUGUUGUCUGGCACUCUUGACAACAAUCUAAAGUUUACUGCUUGGAUACUCAAUACAGAUGGUGUAGUAGUUCAGUGGUCUAAGCAAACCUGGUGAUUUUUUUGAAUAAUACAUGAGAAGAGAAAUUUAUUGUUAAGAUAUUUUAAUUCCUAAAUAUGAUUCUGAGCUGUGAAAUACAUCACCUGGUCAUCAUUAACAGUUUGAGAAUGUUCAGUAAGAAAUGUAUAGGCAAUAAUUGGAUUUUUUAUUAUUGUUAUUGAAUAACCUGUUCAAAAACUUCACUGCUUUGUUCAAAAUACUCAUUUCAGUUCAGAUAUUGUAUAGUACACAUAGUUUGAAAUUGAUGUACGGUGACAAACAUGCUUAUUGAUCAUAUUUAGAUUUUGCAGCAAGACCUUUAAACUGUUUUUGGUACAUGUCCCUCACCAAUUUGUGUCUUUUAACAAUAUAAAAUUUAUACUA